AUGCAGGCCAUUGGCAGCAAUGCACAAGGACAGCUCGGCGUAGGGCACUGCGAGGACUGCGUGGCGUGGGAGACGUGCAGGGUUUCCACUGGGGCGUUUGAGGGGCGCGUCGUGAGCGUCGCAAGCGCGAGUACGUGCACGGCGGUGUGGGCCGUCGGAGAGCGGCACCGCGUGUACGUCGCGGGCGAGUUGGGGGGAUGGGGCUCGUCGGACGUCUUUGCCGAGCUCCCGUACGAUGCGUUGUGCGCCGCGGCAGGCGCUGACUCGUUCGAGGUGCGGCACAUUGCGGCGGCAUGGGACUGCCUCUAUUUAGUCUUGGAGAAAAAAGAUACCGAUGUGAUCCUCGCACUAGGCACGAGCAAUGCGUUUGGGCAGCUCGGCGUCGCACGGCCCGAGGGAUGGGUGCACCGCGUCGAGGUGUGUGCCGCCGAGCCGCUGUGGGCGAGCGCAGGCAUACCGGACGUGCGCACGUUUCGCGUCACGGCACUGGCAGCCGGCGUGCGGCACGCGCUGGCCGUGCUGCAAGGCAGCCAUACCGUGCUGCUUGGCUGGGGCGAUGCGCGGCAUGGGCAGCUUGGGCCACCACCCGAGCCGGUCGCGGUGCACGGCAUGCGGCGGCGCAUCCGGGAGCCGGCCGUGCUCUAUACGUGGCAAGUGCCGACGGCCGUGCGCAUCGCUGCCGGGAUGCAGCACUCGGUCCUGGCCACCGACGCGGAGCUGUGGAUGUUUGGCAGCGCACGGCACGGGCAGACGGACGCGCGCCGGUGCGUCCCCCCCGGCGCUGCGCCCCGCCUGCUUUGUGCGCCGGACGGCGUCGAAAAGGUGUGCGUAUGCGCGCCGGCCUAUCCGGCCUGCAACUGGCACACGUCGCUCGUACUCUGGCCGACGCUCGGCCACCUCGGCGCGUGCGGCGCGUCGCAGCACGACCAGAUACCCCCCACGCCCUCGGUGCCGCAUGGCGCGCGGCUGCGCAGCGGGAGCGAGCACAGCGUGCUCAUCGCGCCUCCCUCGGUCAUUGGCUGGGGCUGGAACGAGCACGGAAACCUGGGUGCCGGCCCCGAGUCGCUCCCCCCGCGCCCCCUCCUGGACGCGGCCGAGGCGUGGGCGGGGUACGGCAACACGUAUGUAUCCUCGUCAAAAGAAGGCCUUUCAUAG